AUGACAAGUAGCUCUAGGUUACAAAAACGCAAUGGCGAAACUAUAGUUUCAUCUUCUGCUGUUACAGAGGAGGAAUAUACUAUUGCCAAUGAUGGAGUCAAGAGUAAUAAGAAAUUAGUGAAAAUUAUUGGGAGGUUUACAAGACAGUUAAUUACAAUUACGCACUGGGACGACUUACCUGAUUGGCAAAAGGAUAAUGAGCAUAUUCAUGAAGGUUAUGUUAAGGAAACGAACAGUUUUAUAAAUUGUUUCGAGAGUUUAUUUUUUUUACAUAAUGAAUCAGUGAAUAUUUAUUCUCAUAUGGUUCCAGGAUUGUGUGCAUUAUUUAUGUUAUUAAUUGAUAUUAAUAUAAUUAAAAAAUUUCCAACUACUACAUUCGUAGAUUACUUUAUGAUUGACUUAUUUUUAGCUGGUGCAUUUUCUUGUUUGAUAUUAAGUAGUGCGUUUCAUACAUUGAAAUCACAUUCACUCUUUGUCGCAAUUUAUGGAAAUAAAUUAGAUUACCUAGGGAUAGUUAUUUUAAUUGUGACAUCGAUGAUUAGUAUUUUGUACUAUGGUUUUUAUGAUACACCAUAUUUCUUUCAUUUGUUUUCUACAAUUACUAUAUUAUUUGGAAUAGCUUGUGGAACAGUGUCAUUAGCGAAUAAAUUUCGUUCAAGAGAAUGGAGACCAUACAGAGCAACCUUAUUCGUAUGCUUUGGAUUGUCUGCUGUUUUUCCAGUCCUCACAGGAAUAUGGUAUUAUGGAUUGGAAGAUACAUUUAAAAGGAUUCAAUUAAAAUGGAUUGUAACAGAAGGAUUCUUUUACAUUUUUGGUGCAUUUUUAUACGCAAUGAGAUACCCUGAAAGAAUAUGCCCAGGUGCAUUUGAUCUUUGGGGCCACUCACACCAGAUCUUCCAUGUAUUUGUUGUUAUCGCAGCAUAUAGUCACUUCCAUGGGUUAUUAUCAGCAUAUGAGUACGCUCAUGAAAUGUUAAUUAAGUAG